GACCCGGAAGGGGCCGCGCUACCGCUGGUGGGAGUUGUAGUCCGCCGUGGUUGGGGGGGCCCGCGGCUCAUGCGCGGUGCAUCGAGGCUUGUUUCACAUCUGUAACAACAGAGUUUAUCAGGUGGACCUUCUUGCCUCUUUCAACCUUUGAAGAUGUCAGUAUAAAACAGUCUUCAAAGAAUGAACCAUGGACCUUGUAGGCAACAGCAUGACAUCAUGAAAAGUUAGUAGAUGAAUUUCAAUGGUCCGGAGCAACUUUCUUCCCCUGUGGGGGCCAUCACUUUAGUGACCCAGCAUUGUACUUCCCAGGAGGAGGCCCAGCCUCGUGAUGAGGAAUAGCAAAGAGAGAAUUCAGCUCCAGUUCAAAAGGAUACAAAAUCAGAGACUGUCACUGCUCUUGUAAGUUUUCUCUCUGAGCUACCAUAUCCUAUCGGCUGAAAUUUCCGGCAUCCCUGGGGGAGAGGAGGCCAUCAGGGCAGACCUGCUAUGGACCUGAAAGAUUCGUCCCCAGGAUUCCAGCUUUCCCUCCUGGCCAGAAAUGUUCAGCCUGGACUCAUUCAGAAAAGAUCGGGCCCAGCACAGGCAGCGUCAGUGCAAACUCCCCCCACCCCGUCUUCCACCCAUGUGUGUCAACCCUGCCCCUGGAGGGACCAUCUCUCGAGGCUGAACGUUAACAUUUCCAACAUGGCAGCUUCUAGGGACCUAUUAAAAGAGUUUCCACAGCCCAAAAAUCUUCUCAACAGUGUGAUUGGAAGAGCCCUUGGCAUCUCACAUGCAAAAGACAAAUUGGUCUACGUGCACACAAAUGGACCGAAGAAAAAGAAAGUCACCCUCCACAUAAAGUGGCCCAAGACCGUGGAGGUAGAAGGCUAUGGCAGCAAGAAGAUUGACGCUGAGAGGCAGGCUGCAGCCGCGGCCUGUCAGCUGUUCAAGGGCUGGGGUCUGCUGGGUCCCCGGAAUGAGCUGUUUGAUGCAGCCAAAUACCGCGUGCUAGCCGAUCGCUUUGGCUCUCCGGCUGACAGCUGGUGGCGCCCAGAACCCACCAUGCCACCCACUUCCUGGCGGCAGCUGAAUCCUGAGAGCAUCCGGCCAGGGGGACCUGGGGGCCUUUCCCGCUCCUUGGGUCGGGAGGAGGAGGAGGAUGAGGAGGAAGAGCUAGAAGAAGGGACCAUCGAUGUCACUGAGUUUCUGUCUAUGACCCAGCAAGACUCCCACGCCCCACUCAGGGAUUCCAGGGGGGGUUCCUUUGAAAUGACAGAUGACGACAGUGCUAUCAGGGCUCUGACCCAGUUUCCACUUCCCAAGAACCUUCUGGCCAAGGUGAUUCAGAUAGCGACAUCCUCCUCCACAGCCAAGAACCUCAUGCAGUUCCAUACGGUGGGCACCAAGACCAAGCUGGCCACCCUCACCCUCCUCUGGCCCUGUCCCAUGACCUUCGUGGCCAAGGGGCGUCGCAAAGCAGAGGCAGAGAAUAAAGCGGCAGCCUUGGCUUGUAAGAAACUGAAGAGCCUGGGACUGGUGGACCGGAACAACGAGCCGCUCACCCACGCCAUGUAUAACUUGGCCUCCUUGCGAGAGCUGGGUGAGACCCAGCGCCGGCCGUGUACCAUCCAGGUGCCUGAGCCCAUCCUCCGCAAGAUUGAGACCUUCUUGAACCAUUACCCUGUGGAGAGUCCGUGGAUCUCCUCGGAGCUCCGGCUGCAGGGCGAGGACAUCCUGCCCUUGGGCAAGGACCCGGGGCCGCUCAGUGACCCCAUCACAGGCAAGCCCUACGUGCCGCUGUCCGAGGCAGAGGAGCUGCGUCUGAGCCAGAGCCUGUUGGAGCUGUGGCGGCGGCGAGGGCCGGUCUGGCAGGAGGCACCCCAGCUCCCCGUGGACCCUCAUCGGGACACCAUCCUCAAUGCUAUUGAGCAACACCCAGUGGUGGUCAUUGCUGGGGACACGGGCUGUGGGAAGACCACGCGCAUCCCCCAGCUGCUGCUGGAGCGCUACGUGACCGAGGGCCGCGGUGCCCGCUGCAACGUGAUCAUCACCCAGCCACGCCGCAUCUCGGCUGUGUCUGUGGCCCAGCGGGUCAGCCACGAACUGGGCCCUUCCCUGCGUCGGAACGUGGGUUUCCAGGUGCGGUUGGAAAGCAAGCCUCCGGCCCGAGGAGGGGCCCUGCUGUUCUGCACGGUGGGCAUCCUGCUGCGGAAGCUGCAGAGCAACCCCAGCCUGGAGGGCGUGAGCCACGUGGUUGUGGACGAGGUGCACGAGCGAGACGUGAACACGGACUUCCUGCUGAUCCUGCUCAAGGGCCUGCAGCGGCUCAACCCGGCUCUGCGCCUGGUGCUCAUGAGCGCCACCGGUGACAACGAGCGCUUCUCCCGCUACUUUGGUGGCUGCCCUGUCAUCAAGGUCCCUGGCUUCAUGUACCCUGUCAAGGAGCACUACCUGGAGGACAUCCUGGCCAAGCUGGGCAAGCACCAGUACCCGCACCGGCACCGGCACCACGAGUCUGAGGAUGAAUGCGCCCUCGAUUUGGACCUCGUGACUGACCUGGUUCUGCACAUCGAUGCUCGUGGGGAACCAGGUGGGAUCCUCUGCUUCCUGCCGGGGUGGCAGGAGAUCAAAGGAGUCCAGCAACGCCUCCAGGAGGCCUUGGGCAUGCACGAGAGCAAGUACCUCAUCCUGCCAGUGCACUCCAACAUCCCGAUGAUGGACCAGAAGGCCAUAUUCCAGCAGCCUCCCAUUGGGGUACGCAAGAUCGUCUUGGCCACCAACAUCGCCGAGACCUCCAUCACAAUCAAUGACAUCGUGCAUGUGGUGGACAGUGGUCUGCACAAGGAGGAGCGCUACGACCUGAAGACCAAGGUUUCCUGCCUGGAGACCGUGUGGGUGUCGCGAGCCAAUGUGAUCCAGCGCCGGGGUCGGGCGGGCCGCUGCCAGUCUGGCUUUGCCUACCACCUCUUCCCGCGGAGCCGGCUGGAGAAGAUGGCCCCUUUCCAAGUGCCAGAGAUCCUGCGUACACCCCUGGAGAACCUGGUGCUGCAGGCCAAGAUCCACAUGCCAGAGAAGACGGCGGUGGAGUUCCUCUCCAAGGCCGUAGACAGUCCAAACAUCAAGGCGGUGGACGAGGCCGUGAUCCUGCUCCAGGAGAUCGGGGUUCUGGACCAGCGGGAGUACCUGACCACCCUGGGGCAGCGCCUGGCUCACAUCUCCACCGACCCGCGGCUGGCCAAGGCCAUCGUGCUGGCUGCCAUCUUCCGUUGCCUGCACCCGCUGUUAGUGGUUGUCUCCUGCCUCACCCGAGACCCCUUCAGCAGCAGCUUGCAGAACCGGGCGGAGGUGGACAAGGUGAAGGCACUGUUGAGCCACGACAGUGGUAGUGACCAUCUGGCCUUCGUGCGGGCUGUGUCUGGCUGGGAGGAGGUGCUGCGCUGGCAGGAUCGCAGCUCCCGUGAGAACUACUUGGAGGAAAACUUGCUCUACGCACCCAGCCUGCGCUUCAUCCACGGACUCAUCAAGCAGUUCUCAGAGAACAUUUAUGAGGCUUUCUUGGUUGGGAAGCCCUCAGACUGCACCCUGGCCUCUGCCCAGUGCAACGAGUACAGUGAGGAGGAGGAGCUGGUGAAGGGGGUGCUGAUGGCGGGUCUCUACCCCAACCUCAUCCAGGUGAGGCAGGGCAAGGUGACCCGGCAGGGCAAGUUCAAGCCCAACAGUGUCACAUACAGGACCAAAUCUGGCAACAUCUUGCUGCACAAGUCGACCAUUAACAGGGAGGCCACCCGGCUACGGAGCCGAUGGCUGACAUAUUUCAUGGCUGUCAAGUCCAACGGUAGCGUCUUCGUCCGGGACUCCUCCCAGGUGCACCCACUAGCUGUGCUGCUGCUGACCGACGGGGACGUCCACAUCCGUGAUGAUGGGCGCCGGGCCACCAUUUCCCUGAGUGACAGUGACCUGCUGCGGCUGGAGGGUGACUCGCGCACCGUGCGGCUGCUGCGGGAGCUGCGCCGGGCCCUGGGCCGCAUGGUGGAGCGGAGCCUGCGCAGCGAGCUGGCGGCACUGCCGCCCUGCGUGCAGGAGGAGCACGGGCAGCUGCUUGCCCUGCUGGCGGAGUUGCUGCGUGGGCCCUGCGGCAGCUUUGAUGUGCGCAAGACGGCUGACGACUAAGCCCCGUCUCUGCUGGGGCCAUGUACAGAAUGAAAAUGUUUAUUUAAAAUAAAGUUCUAUUUAUCCCUUGUGA